AUGGCAGAUGAGCAGAAUGGAUCAGCAGCUUGGCCUGUCGCCGAUGCUGCACUUCGGCAAGAGAUUCUCGAUAUUGUGCAGCAAGCCUCUCACUAUCGCCAGCUAAAGAAAGGAGCCAAUGAAGCAACCAAGACUCUCAAUAGAGGAAUUGCAGAGCUAAUUAUUCUGGCGGCUGACACUGCACCUCUAGCUAUUCUAUUGCAUUUACCGCUAUUAUGUGAAGAUAAGAACGUACCCUACUGCUAUGUUCCGUCUAAAACUGCUCUAGGACGAGCUUGUGGUGUUAGCAGGGCCGUAAUUGCUGCCAGUAUCACUACAAAUGAGGCCUCUGAUCUGAUGAAUCAAAUAAGGGGUUUGAAGGAUAAGGUGGAGAGGCUUAUGAUAUAA